GAGUGGUGGAGAGGCAGGUGCGUGGUGUGACAGGAGGCCGGUGCCGUUUUGUAGACGGUAGUAACCGCUCUCGGAUGAUGGUUGAGGGCAGCCGGAUGUGGAUGGUGACUUGCACGGCCCCUGUCAACAUCGCUGUCAUCAAAUACUGGGGAAAACGAAAUGAAGAACUGAUUUUGCCAAUUAAUUCCUCACUGAGUGUAACACUACAUCAAGAUCAGUUAAAGAGUACAACAACAGUUGCUGCAAGUCAGGAUUUUAAGGAGGACAGAAUAUGGCUAAAUGGAAAAGAAGAAAACAUCAACCACCCAAGACUGCAGACUUGCUUACGAGAAAUCCGUCGUCUAGCAAGAAAAAGAAGAACCAGCGGUGAUAGAAAUUCUAACACAUUAUCACUCCACCAUAAAGUUCACAUCUGCUCUGUAAAUAACUUCCCUACAGCAGCAGGCCUGGCAUCCUCUGCAGCUGGUUAUGCUUGUUUGGUGUACGCACUUGCCAAGCUACAUGGUUUAGAAGGAGAGCUGUCUGAGAUUGCUCGCCAAGGGUCAGGAAGUGCCUGCAGAAGCAUGUAUGGAGGCUUUGUGCAGUGGAUGAUGGGACUGAAAGAAGAUGGAAGCGAUAGUAUAGCGCAGCAAAUUGAGCCAGAAUCUCACUGGCCAGAGCUUCGGGUCCUUAUAUUAGUGGUCAGUGCAGAACAGAAGCCCAUUGGUAGUACUGCUGGGAUGCAAACCAGUGUCAAGACCAGUCCAUUGCUGAAGUAUCGUUCGGAAAUCGUUCCAAAACGAAUGAAAGAAAUGAUUGAUGCAAUCAAACAGCAAGAUUUUGAAACCUUUGGACAACUAACAAUGAAGGACAGUAAUCAGUUUCAUGCAACUUGUCUUGACACCUUCCCUCCAAUCAUCUAUCUCAAUGAUAUUUCCAAACACGUAAUUAACCUGGUACAUAGUUACAACUCCCACUUUGGAGAGACACGGGUAGCGUACACAUUUGAUGCAGGCCCUAAUGCAGUUAUUUACGUACAGGAGCAGCAUGUGGAUGAGUUUGUGGAAGUUGUGAAACAUUACUUCCCUCCUGAAGAAAAUGGUGAACAGUUCCUGAAAGGCUUGCCUGUAAAUACAGUAUCUGUGUCAGAGCAUCUGAAGUCUAGCAUCCAGAUGGAUUCAAUUAAGUCUGGAAUUCAAUACAUCAUCAGCACUCGGAUAGGACCGGGCCCACAGUCGAUACAAGACGCCACCCUUCACCAACUUGGAGAGGAUGGAUUUCCCAAGCUAUAGUGCUUGAAAGAAGCCUUUCUGCAGUUGGAGGGAGAGCUAUAAGAUCUUUAUACUGAUUGUAAUAAAGUUUGGCAUUUGUUUAUAUCAGUUAUAUUUGUACAUGCAGACAUCUCUGGUUUCAGUUUGUAGCAGCAAAGGUUCAUGUUUUCAGCUUUUGGCACGUAAGAUGCCUGAAUUCUGAAUAAAGAGCUAAAGCCAUGUAAAUGCAGAAAUUUGCAGAAUAGUUUGGACUCUGCUGUCUACUUAAUUAUACUGACCAGUAUAACUGACCUAAUAAUACAAUUUCAUGUGUUCCUGGAUAUUGACUUAGUAGUAUAGUUUUGUGUAUAAAAGGAAAAAAAAUCUUGCACUGUACAGUAAUAUGUACUAGUGUUUAUUCACCAACAUUUACCAUUUACCUAUAUCGCUUAACAUAAUUUAACUUCUCAUAAUAUUCCAUUUAAAUUUCGAUAUCAAAACCUGAAUGUUGUGCAGAUUUAGAUUUGAAUCUAGAGCUCAUAAUUUUCACAAACAAGGUGCUACAUCCAGAUAUAAGUCACUAAGUAACAAAGUUGUUUGGAAGUACGUGGAAGUUUUCUUAAGUUUUAAUAAACUAGUAUACAGAAUAUUCCUAUAAAUCCUAUAUCAUCCUUGUAUAUUUGAAUACGUGUCAUUGAUAUCAGUGGUGGAUACCAAAUGCAUAUGGAGUUUGCAUCUUUGAAUUGUAAAUACCAUAGAUUUGUAAUUUUUUUCGAAUGUUAUCACUGAACCUUGCUAUAAUUCUACUAAUUAUUACACUACAUUUCCUCAAAUAUGGGAUCCAUUCUAAGUUAGAAGUAUCAUAAGAAAGAAGGAGUGGGACAUGAUAUCCCUCAAGUCUGCCCCAUUAUUUGGUAAGAUCAUAACUGAUCUUCUCAGAUCUCAAUUCCUCUUGCAUACAAGUUCCUUACAGCCAUCAAUUUCUGUUUUUCAAAGAUAUGUCUAGCUCUAAAAAUGCUUUCAGUGAUCUAGCCUCAAACUCUCUUGGGUAGAGAAUUCCUGACAUUCAUUAGCCUUUGGAAAACGAAAUACCUUUUCACCUCAGCUUUGAAUGAGUGUCCCCAUUUUUGGUAACUAUGUCCCUUAUUUUGAUAUUCCUCCAUGAAUGGAAACAUCUUCUCAUCAAUUACACAGUCAACCCCCUCAAAAUCUUAUGUUUUAAUAAGAUGACCCCUCAUUCUUCUAAAUGCUAAUGAAUAAAGGCCUGAAGUCAUUCUUCAUAAGUCAAACCUCUUCAUCCCAGGAAUUAACCUAGUGAAUCUCUUUUGAACUAUCUCCAAAGCUAGUAUAUAAUUUCUUGAGUACAGACUGUGUACAGUAUUCCAGGUAUGGCUAGAUUUACCAACAACCUGUACAGUAAUUAACAGUUGGUAACAGGACUUCCUUAUUUUUAAACUUCAACUCCUAGCAAUAAAGGCCAAAAUUCCCAUUGUCUUUUUAAUUACUUGCUGCACCUGCAUACUAACAUUUUGUGUUUACAUGUUAGAAACAUGUUUCCAAUCACAGCAUCUCAGAUAAUUAGAUAACAUUAAGGUGGUCUAUGAGCAUUUUAUAUUUUUCACAUGGGAUAACCAAAUACUGUCAGAACAUAUAAGCUAGUUGGCUUAUCGUUGGAGUGGAAGUAUAUAUUGUAUUUGCAUGUUUUCUAAUCUGAUUUGGGAACUGGAAAUCUUUACAUAGUUUUAUUGUAUAUUGGCUUAAUUUUUAAUGCAUUUUGAAUUAUCACCUUCCUAAUUAUGGUAUCAUAUAAGUACCUUGUUCAUUGAAUUCUUUCCUCACUAUCAGUCAUCCUGAUCUCGGAGGUUUGACAUUGUCACUUUGAUCUUGCUGGGAUUGGGGCCAGACUGGGAUGGCAGAAUAAAUGGAAUUAGGUACCAUGCCAUCACACCAUUAGUGGAUAGUUGGUUCCCUCCACUUUGUGUGCAGCUCAUUUCAGAUUUAUAACUGAGGAUUCAUGGUUAUGAACCCAGAUACUCCCUUCAGUUGGUGCACGUUAACUGCAGAUCAUCCUGUUGAACCUCAUUCUAAUUUCUUCCAUUUUUCCCUGAUUCUGUAUUCUCUUUUGUUGAUGCAUGACUCUGUGACAUGUUUCUAACCUUAGAUUUGUCCCAAACAGUAUGUAAAUUUUGAUAAAAUGUAGGAGACGCAGACAUUAUGCAGCAGAAUUGAAUAAAUUCUUGGUAUUAAUUUUUUUUUACAAACUACUACUGCUUGAUCAAUGUAUUAAUGAUGAAACUUUUUUAACAAAUAUCAACUCUCUUCACAUAUGUUAUAUAUUGUUCCCCUUUACACAAGUGUUCUUGUGAAUGUCCUGGAGAAGACAAGGUAGAAAGCUAUGACAAAUAUGCCAUUUUUUCAGCAAUACUCAAUUUUUGACAAGUGCUUAUAUAAGAUGUAUGUCCAAUUUAUUUUUAAUUUAAAACAGUGCUAUG